UCUUCCCCCGUCUCCGCAGCACUUCCUGCCUUGGUCACCCAUCACUGACCACCAUGCCGUUCGGGAAAGGCUGGAAGAAAAAGGUGGAGGACAUCACUGCCGUCUAUGACAUCAAAGAAAAGCUGGGCGCAGGAGCCUUCUCCGAAGUGGUUCUGGCCCAGGAACAUGGAUCCCAGCGGUUGGUGGCGUUGAAGUGUAUUCCCAAGAAAGCCCAGGGGAAGGAAGCAGCGGUGGAGAACGAAAUUGCCGUACUCAAGAAGAUUCAGCACGAGAACAUCGUGGCUCUGGAGGACAUCUACGAGAGCCCCACUCACCUCUACCUGGCCAUGCAGCUAGUAACCGGAGGGGAGCUCUUCGACCGCAUCAUUGAGCGGGGCUACUACACGGAGAAGGACGCCAGUCUUCUCGUCCGACAGGUGUUGGAAGCGGUGAAUUACCUGCACAGCCUGGGCAUUGUCCAUCGAGAUCUCAAGCCCGAGAACCUUCUCUAUGCCACUCCGUUCGAGGACGCCAAAAUCAUGAUUACGGACUUUGGGCUGUCCAAGAUUGAGGCCGAUGGGAUCAUGUCCACGGCAUGUGGCACCCCUGGCUACGUGGCCCCUGAGAUUCUGGAACAGAAGCCGUACGGAAAAGCUGUGGACUCGUGGGCCCUUGGGGUUAUCUCGUACAUCUUGCUUUGUGGUUACCCCCCUUUCUACGACGAGAAUGACUCUGAGCUCUUCAACCAGAUUCUGAAAGCGGAAUACGAGUUCGACUCCCCCUACUGGGACGACAUCUCGGAAUCGGCUAAAGAUUUCAUCCGGCACCUUCUAGAACGUGACCCUGAGAAACGGUUCACCUGUGAACAGGCCCUUCAGCAUCCUUGGAUCUCUGGAGACACGGCUCUGGAAAAAGACAUCCACGGUUCUGUGUGUGAGCAGAUUCAGAAGAACUUUGCCCGCAGUCAGUGGAAGCGAGCGUUCAACGCCACAUCUUUCUUACGCCACAUCACCAAGCUGGGACCGGGCGCCGAGGGCGAGGAAAUUGGAGAGACCACAUCCGGGGGACAGCAUGGGAAAUGGUGA